AUGCAGAAGAUGUAUUCACGAAAGCGAACGUCUAGCGCUGUAGAACAUAGCGCUCCUUACAGGAAGCCGGUAAUUGCCCCAUCAGUGGGAAACGCAAGCACAUCGACUCAGAAGGGAGCUUCUUUGCUGCAAAGAGUUAAAUCUUUUUUCCAUGGCGAUGAGCGUCUCAGCCAUCUGUCCCGGAGCGAUGAUGCAAGCUCGGAUCAGAAGCUCUACCAUGUUCCUGGUGGAUUCUAUGACGUAGAUGCCAGGAAUCCUGUGGUUAAGCUUCCUAGCGCAUUAGCAGUGGGCACAGCUGAAAGUAGUGGCAACUUUAAAGCCACCUUGAGUGAUGGAGAAGAAGAUGAGCCUAAUAUAUCAAAUGCGAAGUUGGCUCAAUUCUUUAGAGAAAAAGGUGAUGCACCACUCACAGAGAUUGAAUACGAGGGUGUCAUGUCAUUGAUCAAAAGGAGCCAAUCAGUAGCUUCAACUCCCGACGGUAAAAAUAUCUUACCAAAGGAGGUGAGCGAACUAAGGGUACUUCGGUCAACUUCGGACACCACUUACACUCCUCUGAGAGCGCCAUCUUACACACCAAAGUACGGUAACAUUGCCCUACACAAUACUAAUUCUGCUGGAACCUCUACUCCACCUACAAGGCGCCGUGUGUUUGACUACUCAAGACUUCCAUCACCAUACAGAACAACUGUCUACAAGUACAGUGCCGCCAAAGUUCCAUCGCAGGGAACAACAACCAGAAAGACAAGUGAGAAUGCUGUUAGUAAGCCCGUUAAGAGUACGCAUGCUCCCAAGAAAUUGAGUCAUACAGCAUCUGCUUUGAUAUCUUUGCUAGAUGGGGAGGGGAAAGCAGAUAUCUCUGAGAGCAGUGCGUAUGCAAGCCUAUCCAACCCAUAUUCUUCCCAUAUCUCUCAUAUGCACAGAGGCAGACCCUCAUCUGCUGCUAAAACCAUUGAGCCUUCAACAAAGCCUGUCAACACAGAGACAACGCCGAUAACAUCAACAGCAUUAGAGGAGUUGUCAAAUGCAAAGCAGGCCGUGCCUCCUCAUGCUACACAACCAGUGUCCGGGUUUAAACCUUCCAGGCCUUCAUCGCUGCGCGUUGAGGUGACUGUUGAAAAGUCGCCUGAAAAGUCGCCUCGGCAGCCUGUUCCACAGAGCUCUAAAUUUAACUUUUCUUUCCAAAAGCCCAAAGACCACAAUGUGGAUACUUUGUCUGAGAAGCCACACACUAUACCUGAUGCAACCAGCACAUUUUCGUUUCAACCUCUGGCCAAAGUAGAGGAAUCUAAUACCCACGGAGCUACUCUUAACGGGCCCAUGGAGAAUAACAUAUCGGGGAGCUCAUUGCAGUCGAAUGGGUCGUUCAAUUUUUCUAAUGGCAUUCAGAAAGUCUCCCAAGUUCAUAAAAGUGAAGAUAAGCACAAUACGACAUCCCGCACCCCCUUUGCAUUUUCCUUCUCGAAACCUGACUUACCCAAGGAUGACUCCUCAUUUGCAGAGAACACUGCAGCAUCUGCCGAAGCGGUUCCGUUCCACUUUGACUUCGGAACCUUACCUGUAUCUGGGAUUGAUCCUUCGAGCGUAGACGAAGAAAAGGUCAAACGCCUGAAAUCGACCUUUACCUUUUAG